GACACGAAGUCACGAGGCAUCGCGUUUCAUGACUGUCCGGCGGAAUAGCGCCACGCGGGCCCUCAGGCUCUCUGUCCCCUUCUCGACUUUGUGCCUAAAUAAGAAGAUAAGUAGGCGAGCCAGAUUGCCUGGCCUCUUUCAUCCGUUAAACACAUGAUGGUCUCCUUUACAUACUCCUGCUGUCUGCAAAAUGGAUCGCUUUCUCCAACGAUCCAAACCCGCCAAAAACCAAGCUCAACCAGGAACCAGGCGUGUUGAGUCCAGCUCAGCGCAGAGAGCUACUGAGCCGCCAAAAAAGAGACCGCGACUUGGAGAGGUCAAGGAUAGCGACGAUGAGGAGGAUCUUCCGAUCCAUACCCCUGACUCUGAAAGCGGCGACCAUGGACUGGCCCAAGCAGAGCAUCAGACGGCCUUGGACCUCUCACUCCCCUCCAUCGUAACAGAGGAGGAAGCCAUCGAGGAGUAUGAGGCCUUACGAGCCUCGCAGGCCUCACUCGGGGAGGAAAAUGCUGCUUCCACCAGGAUCGACAAUCCUCAGCGGGUCCGAGGCAAAAGCUCAAUCUACGUCGAUGCCUUCAACCUUGCGUUAGACACUGUUCUGGAAGAUGAGGCACAUCUGUUUGACGACAAGGAGAAGUACGUCUUUGAGCAGUGGCGAGCCCUCGGCUACGAGGCCCAAUAUCUGUAUGUCCGCCUGUUCUUGCGCAAAACCGCCAUGUGGCAUCGGAUUCAGCGUCUGAGCUACGACAGUGACAUCUCGGACAUGGCAGCUGCCAUUGACAGUCUUCUGCGCUCCCGACCCUUGCCCGACGACGGCGGCUCUCGGUGGGACGUGGAGCCCAUGGGGGACUUGCAGGAGUGGAUGCUAGGCGACUCGUUUUGCUUCGCUGAUGACUCCGACUCAUGCAUCAAAACCAUGGAGGAAGCCUCUUCGCUGCUGAGUCUUGAAGAGCUGAAAGCGCUCGCCAAGGACGCAAAGAUCCAGGGCAAGAACAAGGCCGACCUUGUCAAGUCCCUGUGCCGUGUAAGCGCCCAGCAAGCGGGCCUCAUGGCUGUCGGGCUCCGCCGCUCAAGCACGAACGGGUCAACAGAGUCCAGCGGGAGUCCAGGACAUCAGGAGACGAAUCGGAACGGUCACUUUCUCGCCAAGAUCCUUGCCAUAACCGGGCCUCUGAUCAGGUUGUCAGAAGCCGUUUUCAAGCUGUUUGAGCGUGUGCACUUAGUCUUUUACCGCUCGACCGAGUGGACCGAGAAGUCUCUAACCACCAUCAUUCUCGCCAAGAUGGCGAGACGAAACUAUCCAGAGUACGUUGUGGGUCGGUCGUCCAACAUCUUCGAGUCUCGGCGUCAGCUCCUCGAGUUCGAGCUCUCGAUGAGAAAGGAACACGAAGUCGACAAAGUUCUCGAGUUCAAUGGCCCGCCAGGGGAGGAAGGCUUCCGCAAAGUCCUUGAUGUAUUCACGAGCAUCGCCCCGCGGUGGAGAGAGCUCAUCGCGGAAGAGAACGACCGAGAGGACCAUGUUUACGAAUCCGGCGAAGGGAGCUACCUGCGUCGGUUCAGUGCCGGCCAUGCUUUCACACGAAUCGCGCACAAGGCGGCCCAUGUACUCGGCCGUCUUCACAGAUACAGAGAAGAGCACGCACUUCUCACCGAGCUUCUCCACCAGCGCCUGUUCCAUCCAGCCCGUCGCGGUUCGUGGUACCAACGGAAGGCACUGCUGGAAGAACGCUAUAUGUGGGAAGUGGACCGAGACCUCGUCUCCAGCGACCCGGAGGUGCGCAAGAAGCACUGGCAGCGGAUUGCGUUGAUGACCUGUGAAACUGCUCUCGAGGACAGGGACUGCCAUCUCAUCUACCACUACGACCUACAGAGACGACUCCUCAGGCUCGAGAAGAGGCUGCGUGUGCCCCGGCGUCUCCAGCAUGAUUUCGGCCACGUAAAGCUGCGCGGACCCGAGGAAGAUACUGUGCUGGGCGUCCAGUUAGUUCGAGAUGACUCGGGCGUUAAGGGCAAAGAUGGCCGCGGGCUGAGCACCAAGACCGUGUGGCUUGACGAGUUGGCUGAUCCGGGUGAAGACGGUCAACCGCUUCAGGUCAGCGUUGAGGAGAUGUGCCUGUCGUACUACCGCUCCCAUGGGUGGAAAGGGUACCACAGCGAGGGCGGCAUUCUACGGACACUGUUCGCCUACCUUUUCUUCGACGUGCUCUUCAUAUAUGUGCCCAACGUGUUCCAGACCGCUUACCAAACAUGCCCACUCGACCUGCACACGGACGCGUUCUACCCGGCACGGGCGAGCCAGAUAAACCACCGGCUGGUGGAAAUAGGAAACGGCGAAGCCCAGCGGAUAUUGCGAGAGGUGUACGAGCGAGAGCACGAGCGCCGCACCUGCGUUGUCGGGCUGAACUGGGACUUCGAUAUCGAAGACCUCCUCGAACUGGUAACCUGCUUCGAUGGGAGUGCGCUUGCUGCCGUCUGCAAAGUCAUGGCGCAAGAAUACAACGCUCGUGGAAGCGGCGUUCCGGACCUCAUACUCUGGCGGGCAAGCAGCAACGAGUUGCCAGACAAGAGCAAGACCGCCGGCCAGCAUCCCGGAGAGGUCAUGUUUGCCGAAGUCAAGAGCGCCAACGACCGACUGAGUGAUACCCAGCGCCUGUGGAUCAACGUACUCACCCGGGCGGGUGUGCGUGUCUCCCUGUGUAAUGCGGUGGCCCGCGAGGUACGGCGGCUGACGUGACUUGGAAAAACAUGCCCUCUCUCAGUAUCAGCUGGUCGGCUCAUCAUUGCCUGCGCGCCGACGCUCUGAAAAUAGCAUACGUCACCUCCCAAG